UCAGUUUUUUUUUUUUUUUUUUUUUUUUUUUUUUUUUUUUUUUUUUUUAAUAGAAGCCAGUUGCUGUUGCUGCUGCAGAAAAAAAAAAAAGAGCUUUAAAAAAAAAGGAAAAAGGAUGGAGCUGCUGCAGGGCCUCCGAAGAACCGCGUUACAGAGAUCGCUUGGCAGCAGAAGCAGACACCACGUGUCACAACUUGCGGUCGAAAUGGAUAAGACGAACGGAUGGCACAAGUCGUCGUCGUUUGUGAAAUGGAUAAGCUAUUCUUAUUAUCGGGGAUGGGAUCUCGACUACAGGCUUGGCAGCAGAAGCAGACACCACGUGUCACAACCGCAGACGUCCGUCAUCGCCUUUUCGACCGCAAGAUGGGAUCCCGACUACAGGCUUGGCACUCUUCGUUCUCGUCUUCCUGCAGCAGUGAAUGUUGGACUGAGAGGAAAUCCCGAUGACAUAUCUCAAUUGGCUUUUUUUGGGAUCGGAAGUACAAAACUAGAAAACACUUAUCUUUAUCUGGAAAAUAAUAAUAAUAAUAAUCAUAAUAAUAAUAGUACUACUAAUAUAGUUAAUGAUUAUCCUGCGGAUCAUCAUCAUCAUCAUCAUCAUCAUCAUCAUCAUCCACAACAUCAUCAUCAACAUCAUCAACAUGAGAAAGUGGAAAUGGCGUGCUCCUCCUGGUGUGAUCCGCCUGGUCAGGGAUUGAGGAAACGACAAGUGGCGUUGCCACGUGGAUGGUUGUGGAUAAGGUUGAGUAGGAGAAGAUUGGGGAGUUUUGGGAUAAGAAGAAGAGUGGAGGCGGAGGAGGAGGAGGAGAAGGAGAAGACGAGUGGCACUCUGCAGCGGCAGCCCUCGGGCGACUCUCGACAGGUUGGACUUGUUGUUGGUGGAGUUGGCACGUGUGAAAGGGAAAGGAAAGUGGAUAAGGUUUUGUUAGCAGCGUUGCCACGUGGAUGUGUGUCGGAUAAUAACGAACUGGAUAAGGUUUCCGAAGCAGCAGCAGCAGCAGCAGCGGCGGCGGCAUUGCCACGUGGAUGUAGAUCGGAUCGAAAUCUCGAUCCCGACGCAGAUGCGGACGAAGCCGCAUCUGCGGAUUGGGGGGGGGCGCAUGGUGGUGGUGCUCCUCGCAAUCUUCUUUUCUUAUCGGUCGGGACCCCGACUGAUAACGUCAGUGGACUGCUGCUUGAUCGCCGGAGGCGGCUGAUGACGUCAACAGGAAGUGAAUCUCGACGGACACCGCUGGAUCGCGACGAAGUUCAUCAGAGGGGUGGAUUGUUGUUGAUGUCAACUUCUUGCCAGGUGAUGGCGACCCUCGGAGGAGCUACUAGAGGGGCUUGUCAUCAAACAUCCUCCUCCUCCUCCUCCUCCUCCUCCUCCCCCUCCUCCUCCUCUUCGUCUUCUACUUCUGCGUUAGCCUUGUGGUGGUGGAGGAGGAACCGGAGCUUGACACGUGGCAUGCACUUUGAGAGUGUACGAUUAGGGAUUGAUGAGCAGGGGGAGGGGGAGUUUGGGGAGCAGGGGGAUUUGCGGCGGGGAGUGGCCGGAGGGGGAGUUGGGAUCGGGGUGGGUGACGAGGGAAUGCAGAGCGAGCUAAAGCAGGAGGAAGAGGAGGAGGGAGUGAUAUGCACAAGAUCGCGGCCGACUGGCGAUGAACCUAGCGCUGGUGAUAAGAGAGAUGCCGUCCCGAUCGGAGGCCGUAGUAAGAGAACUGAUGGAAGAGAUGGGAUCCCAGCCGCUGGAUAUGUCGCCGACGGUGGAGAUGGAAGACAACGACUCAUAAGAAGAAGGAGAAAGGGACCAAGGCAGGAGCGAGAGAGAGCGGAGGAGGAGGAGGAGAGGGAGGAGAGGGAGGAAAGGGAGAAAGUACCUUUUCUCACUGCUAUUCUGGUCGGCAGGCCCAAUGUUGGGAAGUCGGCUUUGUACAAUCGUCUCGUCAGACGGAGAGAAGCCCUGACCCAAGUUCAAAUCCAGAUGCAAUCAGAUGCGAAGGGAGAGAUAGGGGUGCAGAGAAGACCUGGCAGUUGGCGGCACACGGUGCGCUGGGUUCCAGUGUCGGGUGAAGGUCCUCUGAUUACGACGGCUCUGAACUAUGAUGGGGGAGAGGUAGUCCGACUGAAGGUCUGCAUAGAAGGGGGGAGAGAGGAGGAGAUGCAAGGUGACCAGAGGCUGCAGGCUGCCAUUUCCGAAGCGUGCGACAGGGCGGAACGGAGGUGCAGACGAGAUGGGGUGACUGUGGGCUUGAGGGUGACGGUCAUCUAUCACGAGACCGAGUCAUCAACUGGGACCAAGACAAGGGAGGAACAACAUAACGAGAGAGACUCGGGCGGGGAAAGCAAAAUGAGCGAGGCGGACCGAGAGACGGAUCUCAGGUCCUGGAACAGACCCGAGGAGAUCCAAAAGCACCACCGAGCCGCGGAGCCGGUGGAAAAGGGACCUGAGGCCAGCUCGCGACAACCGACUCCCAGAGGCCGCGGGACCGGAGGAAAACCGAGUAAAGAUGUCGUAGCUGCCACCAAGGCUCAGCAGGAGGCAGCAGAGGCAGAACGUCAGCGGCUGGCCAAUGAGGCGGCAACCCACGCUCAGCAGACUGCUGAGGCUGACGCAGCAGCACGAGACAAACGGAAUGCCGCCAGUACGGAUGGGAAGAGUAUUGCGCCCUCCGAGGCCGAGCGGGCCCGGAUUGCCGCCCUUCUGAGAGAGAAAAAGGAGAAGAGAGAGAUCCUUAAGCAGGCGAAGUUAAAGGCCAUUGAGGAGGAGCAGGCGGCGAAGAAGAAGAGAUUAGAGGAGGAAAUGUUGAGAUUUCAGAAAGAGAAGAUGAUGCUGUUAGAGAGAGAGGAGGAGGAAAGAAGAAAGGUUGCAGAGGAAGAAGCAACAAGAGAGGAGGAGGAAGAAGGAAAAGAAGAGCCCCUUGAAAGAAAACGUGGAGGAGAGAGAGGGGAAGCAAGUGGCACGAAGGAGGAGGACAGAUGGAGGGAGAAAAAAAUUAGUGAAUGGGUGGCUAACUUAUCAUUGGGAGAAGAUGAAGAGGCACAACAGUAUGUGCCGCAGGAGGAAAGGGAGGUGUUUGCCAGGGCACUAGAGUUGAUAGAGGAUCCCUUGGAACGCCAGGCGACAGAAGAUGAAAAGAAGUUGGAGUGGAAGUUGAAGAUGAUGAGGGAGAAGAAGAGAAGGAGGGAGGAAGCCAGCAGAAUAGCCGGGGAGGUCGAGCGAGUGCGAACCGGCAGGCAGGAGCUACAGGCCAAAACGGAGGUCUCUGCCAAGUUAGAUAAGAUGAUGGGCUUCCUGGAAAUAUUGAGCGAGGCCUGGAUGGAGGAGCAUCAGGCCCGUAAGGGUCAAGAGGUGACCCUACAAGCCAUGCGAUCCGGGUUCAGGGAGUUUGCGAGCGACGUGGUGGGCCACGUCGGGUCUGAAAUUAGAAGAUUGAGGGAUGGCGUAGACAAGUUGUGCGCCGGCGCCAUUGAGACAGCCAAAGUUGUGGCCACAACAGAGGCCACGGCUCGCCCCCGCAAAGAGCCAGUUAAGCUAAAGUUCCCUGACCCAUAUAGCGGGAAGGAGGAUAAUUUCGAUAACUGGGAGGCUAGCAUAAAUACCUAUGUCUUUUUGCAGCACAUAGCCCCCGAGGAACAGGUCCUCGUUGCCUUCCACGCCUUAAAAGGCGAAGCAGCCAGCUUCGGCAGGUCUCUCGCACGUGCCGCAGAUUGUGAGCACAAUAUGAUCGCAUACUCUAGGCUUACCCCCCUCACCACUUUCCUCAAACUCCUGCGCAAGAGGUUUGCUGACAUCACAAGAGGCGUCAAGGCCUCUGAUAAGUUACAAACCAUCCAUUCGCGACAGCGGAGGAGUGCGAGAGCACUCAAGGCUGUCAUGGACGACUUGGUAGCCGUCCUAGACCAUGGGGUCACUGAGACCCAGUUGGUCCAGUUGUUUUAUUGUGCCAUGCCAGAGCCCUUACGAGGGCACUUUUUUGACAAGACCCAACAGCCUAACAUUACGUACGACGCGUUGAGCAGGGAGGUGGUCUUGUUUGAGGCCAAGUCCAUGCCAGUUUCCACUUUCUGGCACAAGGACUUAGACAAGGGAAAGAAGUGGAAAGGGCGUACCAUCUCUGGUCAGGGCAUAGCAAAGCUUGGGGACUUGCAGUUCAAAGUCAUUGACACCGCUGGAAUGGAGCUGACGGCGACUCAAUCGAACUUGCUGGCACGGGCAACAGCACUGACGCAAAGUCUCCUUCAUAGGUGCGAUCUUGCGCUUCUACUUGUUGAUGGAAGAGCAGGGAUCCAGCCGUUGGAUAUGGACUUAGCAAACUGGCUGAGGAGGCAGGAUGUGCAGACAAUCUUAGUUGUGAACAAAUGUGAGGGAGGAUCCGGCAAAGAUGGGGCAAUAACUGCUGUUGUGGCAGAAGCGCAUGUCCUUGGUAUGGGUGAGCCUGUUGCUGUUUCCGCGGAGGCUGGAGAGGGCAUGGUUGACUUGUACAGUCGGAUGCAACCGCUUGUCGACUCAUUUGGGAAAAGUGAGGAGGAGGAUGUCGACCAGGAAGAGGGAGGUGGAGAAGCAGAAGAUGUGCAAUUCCAAGGACUAGCUGAAACUUCAGAGUGCGAGGCAAAGAAUGAGCAGGAGACCUUAGAUGGUGCGGAAACGGAAGAGAAGUCUCCUGCGAAUAUUCCAUUGCAAUUCGCCAUUGCAGGCAGGCCAAAUGUGGGGAAAUCAACUCUGGUAAACGCUUUGCUGGGCGAGGAGAGAGUCCUGACAGGUGCAGAACCUGGACUGACCCGAGACUCAGUUCGAAUCCGCUUCGAAUAUCAAGGCAGACCUGUCUGGCUUGUUGACACGGCAGGAUGGAUGCACAGGACCCUGCUCCAAGUCGGGCCGACAUCUCUGAGUGCUAUGGAUGCUCGACGCAAUCUGAUGCGUGCGCACGUAGUAGCACUGAUGGUUGAUGGUGUGGAGGCACUCGCAGCCCGGGCUACAAUGAAGCAUUCGGAAAUUGCACUAGCAAGAUGGGUCACAGAAGAAGGGCGUGCGCUGGUGGUAAUUGUGAACAAAAUGGAUGCACUGUCCGCAGCUGACCGCAAGAAAGUUAGGGAGGCAGUCUCUCAAGAGUUGCAGACAAUCUUGCCACAGUGUGCAUGCAUGCUGCAGUACCCGCUCUGAACACACUUACUCUGCAGUGACGUCAAUGUCCUUGUGGUCAGUAAACACAAUUGCACGCU